AUGCCGUUAGUAAAGCGCACCAUUGAGCCCAGGCACCUGUGCCACACAGUGCUGCCAAGGACCAUCAAGAAUGAGCUGGAGUGUGUGACUAACAUCUCCUUGGCCAACGUCAUCCGCCAGCUCAGCAGCCUCAGUAAAUAUGCAGAAGACCUGUUUGGAGAGCUUUUCAAUGAGGCCCACACCUUCUCUUUCCGGGUCAACUCCCUGCAGGAGCGCGUGGACCGCCUCUCCAUCAGCGUCACACAGCUGGACCCCAAAGAGGAGGAAUUGUCUCUUCAGGACAUCACCAUGAGGAAAGCUUUCAGGAGCUCCACUAUUCAGGACCAGCAGUUGUUUGACCGCAAGUCGCUGCCCAUCCCACUGCAGGAGACCUUCCAGGCCUGCGAGCAGCCACCGCCUCUCAACAUCCUCUCCCCCUACAGGGACGAUGGGAAGGAAGGUCUGAAGUUCUACACCAAUCCUUCUUACUUUUUUGACCUGUGGAGAGAGAAAAUGCUGCAGGACACAGAAGACAAGCGGAAGGAGAGGCGGAAACAGAAGCUGAAGGCAAUAGACCGUCCACAGGAGCCAGAGAAGAUACCUCGGGCACCACACGAUCGUAAAAAGGAGUGGCAGAAACUGGCACUGGGUGCAGAGCUGGCACAGGACAUACCUGAAGACAAACACAGAGAGGCCAACGGCUCGGCAGGUUACCACGACAACAGGGCUCCUUUGUACAUGGAGCAUUUGGACGGACCCUUCUCGCUGGCGGCGCUGCCCUACACCCAGAUGAACGAGCUGCUGAACCGUACCGGGGACAGAAUGUAUUCUCGGCCCCACGACCCUCCGCCUCCUCCACCUCCCAUGCACUCACUGGGAGAGAUCAAACCACCUUCUGUGAUCAGCUCCAGUUCAGGUUUUUCCGACAGCAGACCUCAGUCUCCAGCCCGGACAGCAGGUCUCAACUCCACUCCUCCUCCUCCGCCUCCACCACUUCCCCCUCCACCUCCUCCCUUACCCUCCUCGGGCAUGCGGGGUACACCUCCUCCCCCCAUUCCCCCUCUACCACUCCAGCAGCAGCCCCCGGCCAUCCCGCCUCCUCCAGCCCCUCUCCAGAUCGCCCCAGGGGUGCUCCACCCGGCCCCUCCGCCCGUGGCGCCUCCUCUCCACUCCUCCUCCCCGGCCCGUCUCCAGCAGGUCCUGGACAAGGGCCCACCCAUGGGCUCUGCGACCCACUCAGACGGUACCAUCCUUCCUCCUCCCCCACCGCCUCCUCCUCUUCCUCUACCAGGGGCACGGAGCUCCUCGCCCUGUCCGUCAGGCCCGCCACCUUUGCCGGCCUUCCCCUCAGCAGGAGCCAUGGCCUCCCCGCCACCCCACUCCACCCUCCACGAUGUGGGGAGCAAGAGGCACCAUCCCACCAAUCUGCCACCCAUCAGCGAUGCCCGCAGUGUGCUGUUGGAGGCUAUCCGAAAAGGCAUCCAGCUGCGGAAAGUGGAGGAGCAGCGAGAACAAGAGGCUAAACACGAGCGAGUCGGCAACGACGUGGCCACCAUCCUGUCACGCCGCAUCGCUGUGGAGUACUCCGACUCCGAGGACGAGUCAGAGUUUGACGAAGGAGACUGGAUGGAGUGAUGGC